AUGAAGUUCAACGCGGAUCUGCUGAAGAAAGUGCUCGAUGCCAAGGUGCUGCCUGAGAAACACGGUCAAGUGAUUUGUGCGGAAUUUAUCAGCUUCGCCCACAGUCAAAACACCGUCACUCGCCAUUCUGCGAAAGUUUGCCCACAUUCAAGUGAAAGUAUCAUUGAGACGUAGGUUUUUACUGUGUUGUUUUACUGAUUUUGUGCGAUAGACUUUUUGUUUGGAAAAAGGGUGAUGAGAAGAGUUUGGUUAUAGAGACCUAACUAAGUUUGGUAUGUGAAAAUCGAAGUUUUGUUAUGCACUACACUUGCUUAUUUUUUAUUUAGAAAGUACACGAUUGAAGGUGAUGCUCUGGAACAACUUCGCUUCAUUUUCACUCCAAAGAAUCUCAACAUUUUAUAUGUUGAAGGAAAAUGGAAAGAAAAGUAUGUUUUUUAACAAAGUUGUAUCUUUAGCUUAAAAAUAAUAUACUUAUACCAGAUCAGCGGAUGCUCUUGAGGCAUCUUUUGAUCUGGACUGUGCAAUUUCAUGUCAUUUUGUUUUCAAUGUGUCAAUUUCAAUGCAAUAUUAUAAUAUAUAAUAUCAUGAGCUUGUGGCUGAAGUUCUCGCGCAUUGCUUUUAUUGUUUUAAUUUGGACCUCUUUUAUUGUUAAAAGUUUAUUUAAAUUAUUCAACUAAUAUGCUCGGGCCUACGAUUUUUAGAUAUUAUAUUUAUACUAUGUUAACGGAUAACCUGCGGCAAUUUUAUGACCUGAAGUUUGUAAUUCGAUGUUGUUUUAUUAUCAAUCAGCAAAUGUUUAUACAGUAUAAUAUUCAAACUAUUCGAUUGUUGUUAAUUGUGAUAUAUGAUGUUAAAAGUCCACAGAAUUAGUUUCCUUUUUUGACUUUAAAUUUUUCAGGCAUUACUUGUUAAAGCUGGACAGUACUCAUAAAAAGUUAAAGUCGUACCAGGAUUACAAGAAAGGAAAAGCUUGGCUGGUACGUGAUUACGUUUUGUACCAAAAAACUCCGGACGAAAUUCUAUUCUUCGCUCUUGACGGACGUUCGCAUAGUAUUGACACUGGUGUCUUUGACUUGAUAAAUGCUCUAGUUGUUGGCAGUACCGAGAGUGGCGACUUGUGGCUUCCGAAUCACACUUGUCGACACAUGAAACAAACUGGAACGGAAUACAAUAUUGUCGUUGAGAAGUGUCCAAAACCGGAAAAGUUGCUUCUUUCAUUCGUAAGUCAAUUUAAAUUUAAACUGCAGGGGUAACGUAGAUUAGUAUAAGGUAGGUCAUAGUGGGACAGGGUAAGGUAAGUUUGUGGGAAGUAGGUUAGGCUUGUGUAGUGUAGGGUAGGGUAGGCUUGUGUCGAAUAGGGUGGGGUAGAUUUAUGUUGAAUAAAGUAGAGAAAGUUUAAGUAGAGUAUAGUAAGUUUUUUACUUGUUUGUGCUAUAUUUUACAAAAUUUUAAUUUCAGUCUGCUCUAAAAAGAUUGGAUGCCGGUUUGGCUGAUGAUGAAGCAGUGAGCAACUUUUUUGCCUUGCUUUAUUACGAGUAAGUGGUUUUUACGGUUUUUAAUUUUUUGUUCUUUAAAUUAAUUUUUAAAAUUUUUACAUAAAAUAUGCAAUUUUGUUGUGAUUUUUGUAAAUCAAGGGUUUUAGGAAAGCCCCAGUCACGAAGAAAGUUGACACGAAGACCACGAUCGCUGGCAGUGAAACUACCUUGAGUCCGGUCACUGAGGAAGAUAUUCCGUUGGAUGAGGCUUAUUUGGAAACGUGAGUUUAGUAAUCAGGUCUUUUUUCUAGCUUGGGUAUCCUCUCCCCUCUCCCCCUCCCCCCCCCCACCCCUCUCCCCAAAAAAAUUUUUUUAAAAAAAAGUUGAACGUGGCCCCCCCCCCUGCGGAUUUUUAAAAAGUUUUUUUUUGCAAAAAAUUGGCUCAGGUGGAUUUUUAGCUCAAAAGCCCCCCCCUUCCCCCCCCACCCCCUCUCUCCUUCAAUUAUUUUUUUACAUAAAUUAAUUCUACCCCUCAUUUUAGGACACUGCUACCGACUGAAGCCUCAGAAGUGUCGAGCGAUGUCUGUGUGGAACCCUCACCGUGGAACAAUGUGUAGGUUUAUCACUGCCGUUUUGGUAAUAUUUGGCUAGUCUCUUGAGCAAUAUCAACUCUAAUCAACGUAUUUUAGGUGGUCAUUUUGGAUCCCAACUGUUCUGGCGUGUAUCCUUUUUUUGUCAACGAUGAUCUUCUUCGGCUUAUGUAGAAGAGAGUACAAGAAAAAGAAAAGAAGCGGAAACCAGUUUUUUGCAAACAUGUGCAAUUCAAUGAAUGCCAGUUAA